AUGAGUACGAGACUCUCACAAGUCAAGAAUAAGAAAAAAAGAAAGGAGAAAGUAGAUGACAAUAACGACGAGUUAGAUAAAAUCUUCUCCGAACUGAACCUAAAGAUAUUCUGCCCCAAGAAAGUGUUCGAUAUCAUCUUCAUCACAGAAAAUAACCAAACCUCAACUGAAUACCUCACCAACCUGAUUAAAAGCGUCAAGGAAUAUGAAGAAAUAUCCUGCGUCACUUUCAUAACUUACGAAGAAGUCUUGAAAUUGUUAGACGACUUCAAUCUGGAUGUUUUUCCACCAGCCUUUCAAGCAGUCGCUCAAGAAAUUCAUCAAGGUAUCAAAAGGAAAUCUUCGCAAAAUCUAAAUUCUUCCACAUGGCUCUCCCAACUAGUCAAACUAAAACUCAUGGAAGUCAUGAGUCAUCACUUCUUGAAGGAAAUAAGUAAAAUGGAAAAGCGAAACAGCCUAGAGGAAGAACUAGCUUCACUCGCUCAAGAUUCCAAAAAAAAUACCAACAAGAAUACGAAUAAAGUUACAGCCAUCACCAAUGCUAACAUAGGAGAAAAGAAAAGCAAAGUUAAAAUAGAAGCAAAGUCAAGUUUAGCGAUUGAUGUUGGUUACAAGUUGACGGAGAAAGCUAGUGAUAUCGUUUUUGAUGAUGACAUUUUCAACCACGUCUGGUUUUACGUCUUUCAGGGGUUUUUAGAUGCAGAAGUUCUCAAGCAAUUGGAAUCUUUCAACGUACCUAUAAGAGCAGUAAUGACUUUCAAUGUGAGUGAUAACAUAUCCAAGAAAUCCGAUUUUUCACCGAAUCACAAGGUAUUUUGGGACCUCAUUGGAGACUAUUUUGAUGGACCACAUCGCUCGAUUAAUUUUGAAAAUACCAUCCUCAUGAAAUUCACAGCUACUCAAAACAAUUAUAAAAAUACCUUCGAGGAGCUAUUGUAUGUCAUAAAAAACAUCUCUGAUAUAAAACUAAGGCACUUAGACUACAUAAGACAUAUAAAGAUCCAUCAAGUGGAAGCAAACUACAAGAUUUUACCUUUAGAGUGUCUACUUACCUAUAACCUCACUUCAUCCAAAAUACCAUUAGAACUAACAAGCGAAGCAACUGUUUUGAUCAAUUUGCUGAAUGAAACUUCCGAUAGAAUGAAACGUAUUGACAGAGUUGAAGUGGAAGAUCUAUGGGACACAAUUUCCUCACAGACUGCCAGCCUUACACAUAUUGAUUGUUGUAAGAACCCUUUUGAUAUCGAAGAAAUAUUCCAAGUGAAGAAUGCAGCAACAAAAUCGUUCGACAAGCCCAAAAAUACCUUCAUGGUGCAUGAAUCUGAUUUACUCACUGUCAUAUUGAAAACCUACAGAAGCUUUGGCUCGAAAUUCGUGGAUAGCUUCAACGAUAUCGUCAGACUAAUGAAUCCAUUCAACUUGUUGAAAAAUAUCAAGGUUCCUUCUGACGACUUCAUCCAUAAGCAUGAUAUCGAUCCAUCUAAUAAGCUCAAUAUAAAAUUCACGAAAUCACAGCUGCACUUUUUGUAUCUGUUUCUAUUCAGUACUUUCAAGUACGAUGAAGUUAUUGAAGAUUUCGAAGACACCGAUUUGACAGAAAACCUUCAAACCUACAGUAGAUCUCAAUUUCGCAGUUCUUCACAACCACAAUACGAAAAUGAUCAAUCAGACUGCGAAAUAUCAAACUUGAAUUUAUACGAUCCUAGUCCAAUGGCAUUCAUUUGGAAAGAAGAGCUACACUCACAAGUGAUGAUCCAAGAAAUCUUCAACAAUCAACGAAUGUAUCAGUAUAUGGAUAUGCAAUAUUCGCCAGAAACUGAGAACCUUCUGGUACAAUUUUCAGACCAUUUAGAUGAAUUCGGUAUCAAUACCAAAACGUAUGACGUCACAUUAAGGACACCAGUUUGCCUUAGAGAUUUCUGCAAAUACAUAACCGUUGAGGAAUCAAAGUGGUUGGAAAAAAACAAACCAGCAAAGUAUGUGAGGAAGAGUGAAGAUAUGGAAGAAUGCAGAGGUGCAAAGAAUGUAAAGAAAAGCGAUCUAUUUCAAGAGUACAGACACUUAUUGGAUCCCAAAGCAAAGCCAGAUGGGGACACAGAAGAUAUCCAAAUAGAUGAAGAAGAAAAUACUGUGACAUUUGAGGAAAUGUUAACAGAAAUUCAAAAUUACCCUCGCAAUAGUACGUUGAUUGAAGAGUGUGGUAGCGAUGUUUCCGAAAAUUUUUUGGCUUAUGACUUUGGGACACAGUACUUAGCAAUACGGGGCACAGAAACUAUUUUUUCUAGUCAUGAUGAUGUCAAAAUCAGAGUGGAUAACACUAGAAUGAUAUAUGAGGAACCAAAAUGCACAGUCUGCCUGACUUCCAAAGGACAUAGUCUGAUUCUCCAUUCGAAUAAAGCGUUCUUAGGGAACGACUAUACUUUCCAUUGGAAUCUGGAAGAUGGAACAGUUGUUUCCUUCAUUCUACAAAACCAACAGCGUAAAACUAGAAGAAAUUCAUUAACAUCAAGUGCCAUUGACCUCACUGUAGACGAACUUACUGGUGAGACUGAUGAAGAACAAACAUUCUUGCAACAUGCAAUAAAUCAAAAAGUGAUCAAUCUCAGUAAAGCUGAAUUUGAAGAUGAACUAGAAAAAGCGGAAAAUUCACAGAUAGACGUUACUUUAGAUGAAGACAUCACAAACAUUUACAAGAGCUUGAAGCAGGCAAUUGUAGAAGAGUGUCCAGUAUAUAAAAUAAGUGACAACUUGACCUACUUGAUGAAACAUGAAAACAAAACUGAAAUACCAUUGACGAAUAUCAUAAGGAGGCUAUUGCACAAUACUAAGAAAGAAGUGCCUCUUGCAUCUUAUACAAAGAAAUUCAUUCACUCAACUAAUAAUAUCGGAUCUUCUGUGAAGAGCACACUUGAUUUUCGUGUUUGUUUACCAAAUGGCUUAUACAUUACUUGUUACUCUUCAAAUAUAAGAGACAAUUUGGUGGAAAUCAAACAAGAAUUUGUGACGGAAGAAGAAAGAACCGAAGAAUUCAGAUUGUUCACUAGGGAUGGCUACAUCUUGGUCAAAAAAAUAGAUGGAACCAUAACCUUGAUGAAAUCAAACGGAGAUACCAUAUCCUUCGAGAAACCAGACAGUCAAAAUACAAUAAUAAGAGAAUCGAAUCUGAAAACUUGCCAUUGCAAAAACUUGGAUGACUACAGGAAAAAACUCAACAAAAUGAUGAAAGAUGAAAGUGCGAACGAUGAUUGCUAUAUCAGUAGAAGAGAUCUCUUCAGAACCAAGAAAGGGUACGUCAUAAACAAAGAUAUCGCCGGUAUCUUAAAAAGCAAUAAGGUACCUUACUUGAAGACUGUUCUUCUCAACUUUGAUGGCCAUAGAACAACUCUAGAAAACAACAAGAUCACGCAAAAGAGAGUCUAUCACACUACAACUGAACAAGAUUUCUUGGCCGAAGAAAUUUACUUCGAGAGAGGCGAUGGCUUUCAGUGCCUGUUUGAUAAAAAUGGAAGUCAGGUGGUUAGAUUUGGGGAUGGAACUGAAAUAUCCAGCGCAAUACAAGUAUCUAAAGAUUUGGUUGAUGGAUAUGUCUUCGUUUCUUUGGAUUUCUCUUACCAACAUCCCGAUUAUGUCACUGUCAGCUAUGAUUCUCACGACAAUUUAGAGCUUCGUUUCAGAGAUGUUGUCCUAGAGAGAAAUGUUGAAGAUGAGAUCAAGCUCAAGAUUGAAGAUGAUAAUAUCACUAAAGUCAAUAAAGACACUGUCACUUUUGAGAAAAUAUGUAAAGAGUGUGAUUCAGGAUACAGCUGUUCAUUUGAUAUCAGCCCAUUUCGGUCAAAGAAUUUGGACUACACAGCACCAUUCUUACAUGCCAAAGAUAGCUAUGACAAACAAUUCUAUGUCGACUUCGGAGGAAAAUCUGGAAGGAGUAAAUGUUUUUUGAAAGGCCCUUUGAAUAGAGUGGGGUGUAAUCACACUAAGAAUAAUGUGUACAAAAAAUUGUUUGUAGUGAAUGAAACUUUAUCUGGGCAGCAGUUUUGGAGCAAUGAUAUGGUCCAAACAAGGAGGCUUCAAGCUGUAGUUGAUGCUGAUAGUACUAUAGUAGAGAAACCAGACAUAAGGAAUCCUGAACUCACUACGAUUGAGUUUAGGAAGAAAAUUUUCGAUAGUCUAGCAGCAAGAUUCAAGAAUACUGCUCUUCUAGGAGAAGACAUGUGCUUAUCGAAAUAUAAGAAAAAUAAGAACAAGCAAGAAUGUUAUUCAACAAACAGGGCAUUGAAGAAAAUGUUUGAUAUUGAAACUACAAAGACUUUUUUGACGAAUUUAUCUCUUCAGUUCACUGAGAAGAAUAAAACGAAUGCUUCCGAAGAAGCUAUACAGGAUGUUAUCAAGAAAAAUGAUGCUUUCGUAACGGCAGAUGUCGAAACUACAAGAACUUUCGAGAAAAAACAGGCAGAGGCAGUAACAGAAGAUUUAGUGAAGCUUUGUAAAUGUAUUAAAAGGAAGAAAACUUUCAGGGAUAAAAUUUCCUGUUGGAGAAGUGAAUGCGACAAGUUCAAGAGCAUGAUAAGGCAGAAAAAAAUACCUCUUUAUUUUGAUUCUCAGUUUUGUGAAGUGAUAAAUUAA